CCGCUCAGCAUAUCAUCUUAAUCGUGGAUCUCGAAUCAUCAAAUCCAUAAAAAUUAAAGGUUUUCUUCAUAGAUAGAUCGAAACCCUCAAUCAAGAUGGCGAUUCCCGUCUGUUUUGCAACUCUUCCUCCCCUUUCAAGAACAAAUCCAUCACUUACUCCUUCUAUCUCCUUCUCUGCUUCAAACUCUACUUUCUUCAACAAUACCUUGACCCAAAACAUCAAGGCCAGCCAAAUCGCCGUUCUGGGUCGACCCAGAAACGCCUCUGGUCUCUCUUGCACCUGUUUGUUCGGACUCGGCGUGCCGGAGCUGGCGGUUAUUGCCGGCGUUGCUGCCCUUCUCUUCGGUCCUAAGCAAUUGCCGGAAGUUGGGCGUAGUAUUGGCAAGACUGUUAGGAGCUUCCAGCAGGCUGCGAAGGAGUUCGAGACUGAGCUUAAGAAAGAACCGGAUUCUCCAACAGAAGUAGAUGCUGAGAAAUCCGCGACAACUGCAAUUGAAGUGGAGCGACAAGAAAACAAGAUCUCGAGUAGCGCCAAAGAGAGUUGACGCUCGAUGAGAUAAUGUGUAAUGUAAAAUAGGGAAGCUGGAAAAUUAUUAUUGUUCAAAGAUUUUUUUUAUUAGAAAUUUGAUUAAUGGGUGAGAAUUGUUAUAUCAAUUAAGUUCCUAAUUCAAAAUAUUAUGAAUAAGCAUUCAAAAUAAAUAUGAUCCGUCUAGCUGGUAUAUUGACUCAA